AUGGCAAUAAAGAAGAACGGGAAGAUUGCUAUCUUAAACCACGCAAGGAAUAUCCUGUAUAUUGGUAACGUAUGUGUUGAGCUGAAUUCGUUUAAAGUCGACAAAAGUUUUUCUCUCAGGCUCAGGGAAUCAGAUAUCCAUGCAGUACGAUUCUCAAGUUUUGCUGGAACAAUAGUUGCUACAGGCCAGAAAGAUGUUUAUAUCUACACAGAAAACAGAGAGUUACAACGCACAAUUGAGAAUCCCACAGGAUGUGGAUAUAUUGCUUCCGUUGCAAUAAAUCACAUCACAAAACAUACCCUACUUAAAAUCAAUCUGUCGCCAUACUGCAGUUUGCUGAGUUUCUCAGAAACUGGGGAAUCACGUAAUAGUGUAUAUUUGGGGAGCAGCGAAUGGAUUCAACGUGCUGGCCUAAAAUCUCAUCCAAAAAGUCCAGUCGCGUUAGUUGGCAAAACACGAGCAGUUUUACUUCAACUGUAG